AUGUCGAUGCUGCAGACAACUACGAUGGAGGAGUAUGUCUCUAGAUGCAAGUACCUUCGCACUUUCAUGUGCGCCAACUAUGACUGCCCAACCGGCCACUACCAGCUGGACAUGCUGUCAGCGGCGGACCGGGCAGUCGGGCAGCACUUGUUCGUUCUCAACGCGUGGGAGAGUGCCCUCGACAGACGCAUGCAGCGGAUGGACCUCUCAGAACUUGGAGACGGAUCGCACUGGCGAAACAUUACUCAUGAGGGUGGUCCGUGGAGAAUGGAUUGGACAAGGUGGUCGCCGCCUCCUGAAGGCAUGCUUGACUUCGACUACGUGUCUGGACGCAGACCAGACCCCAAGCAAGCUCCAAUCGACCUUCCCAACUUCGCUCGCAUGCUGAAGUUGUUGGCGAGCUUCGAUGAGGCGCCUCUGGCAAAGUUCCUGGCCUUGAGACGAUGUGGACACCGACUCUUCCUGACCAGCUCCCAGCUGCGUGAGCUUCUGUGCUUGUGCAAGACAGUUGACGCCAAGCUGCAGCUUACGAUCUUGCUUUACUUCCAGGUGGUGGAUAUUUGGAACGCGAAAGUUUUUCGCGUGCUCUUCGAGCCAGCGGCAAGCAGGCAGCUGCAGCAGUGCUUGGGACAUGUGGUGACGUUCCUUUUCCUUCAGCCAGAAGGCUUCGUGGACCUCUGCUUGGAUCAGCGAGAGCAGCGCCUGCUGGCUCACUGCCUCGCCCUUCUCCGAAGCAAGGAGAAGUCCACCAUGAAGGACGCGGUGCUUUGCGACAAGACCGGCAGGCUCAUCACUUUGUCAAAGGGGCUGCCGAAAUCCUGGGAGAACCCGGAGAAGGUGCCGAGUCGGGGCACAAUCAGCGCGACGUACCGCUGCAUCCCCGAAGAGCGGAAUGUCUCGUUCAGGAGGCAGCUGCAAACGCAAUUUGGUGGCUGGAAGCUUGCGACCAUCUCCAAGCAGUCUGUGAUGUGGUGCGCCAGCAAGGCAGAGGUGCCUGAAGAUGUCCUCAGCUUGCUACACCAUGCCCUACGGGAUCCGUCCAGAAGCAGUUCGAACACCUACAGCACCGAUGCAGGCUUUGAUCUGUUGGCAAGCCAGGUCAACAAAACAGCACUCACACGACAGCACCUUCUCCAAGCUCUUUUCUCUUGGGGUUUCCUCCCAAGCAUAGAUGACGAGCUGGUCUUGCAUCGUGCAGAUGCGAUUUUUGACUUCUUUGUUCCUGGCCGACAGAAGUUCCUGUCCCGACGAGAAUGGAGUAUUCUUGAAGAGCUGUGGCGCGAGACCCAACAGCAACUCCACGAUCUGGCGCGCUUCGCAGCACGCAAGUUUAAUUCCAAGCUGACCGAGAAGCUUUGGUCUGCUGUUGCCAGCGGAGAAGGAAGCCUCAGUCUGGCAGAAUGGUCGCGGGCCAUCAAGGAGAAGCUCAGUUUCCACGGUCCGGUCGACCAGGUCUUUGCCUUCAUGGACAAGGCUGGCAUUGGCACAGUGUCCAUGGCACAGCUGGAUGCCGUGAUGCCAGCACUUGGGGACUACUUGGCCGAUUGUGAGGGGCAACGUGCCCUGACUGCCCAUCAGCUUCGGAGUAGAGAAGAUAUGCUCAGCGUUUUGCAUUUGCGCACCGCCAGGCAAAGACGCCAGAUUUUGCUGCCCACCAUUCUAGUGCUGGCUCUCACCUACUUCUCGCCAGCUUUUGUUCCAGCGCCCCAAGGAAAGAAGGCGCCGGAACAGGUGUCGCACCUUUCUGGCGCUGCGGGUGCAGGUGCACUGUUUGCCUUGACGGCACCAGCCAAUGCCGUGGAUGAUCCACUGGCCCACGGGGCUCCUGGAGUGAUGGACGCUGGAGAUUUGCAGGGCUGGGCUGAGAGAGCAGCUUUCGGCGGCCUGCUGGUGAGCACGUUUUUGGCUUGGUGGCGGGGCACGCUGGGCAGCGGACAGGCUUCUACGGAGGGCAAGCCUCCUUCGUUUUAUGCCAUGUCAUUCGCGAACCUUGCCCUGGUAGUGCUGCUGUCCAACCGUUGGCUGGAGAGCGGCCACUUCCCCCUGUCGAACAUGUAUGAGUCGCUCAGCUUUUUGGCGUGGGGUGUUACUGCAGUGACACUGUAUUUUACCGCUAGCCAGGCAAGUGAGGCUGAGGAGCUGAAAGCUUUCGACAUGCAAACCAACUCCAAGUCAUCGGAGGCGAAACAGAACACCACCGACAUUGCCGCUGUUUGGGCAUCACCUGUGGCUCUGGGCAUCGUCGCCUUUGCCCAGUUUUCUUUGCCGAAGGCAUUGCAGAAAGCCUCCGCGCUGGUACCUGCCCUGCAGUCGAACUGGCUCGUGAUGCAUGUUUCAGUUGUGAUGUGCUCCUAUGCCACGCUGAUGUUUGGGUCGGUGCUUUGCAUGGCCGUGUUGGCAUUGAGCCAACCCAAAGACAGCCCGAUCACGGCUCUCCGCGAGGCUGCGCAGCCGGCGCUGCAGGGCAUCGCCAACGGCUUGCAGCCACAGCCAGCUGUUGCCACUGCUGGACAGUCCCCGGCGGUUGCCAUGACUGGCACAACCGGCCUUGAUGCUGGCAACACAGCCAGCCAGGUUGAACGCCAGGACAGGACGCAGGUAGCAGUUGCAAGCACCAGUGCCGCUGCGGGUGCCGGCAGCGUCACAGUUGAGUUCACGUCCUCUUCGGGCACGGCCGUCCUUUCGGAGGACGACCAACUCGCCAUUACCUUGGAUGAUCUGGCUUACCGAUCGCUUUUGCUGGGCUUCGGCUUCCUGACGGUCGGAAUUGUUUCCGGUGCCGUUUGGGCGAACGAAGCUUGGGGCAACUACUGGAGCUGGGAUCCGAAGGAGACCUGGGCUCUCAUCACCUGGUUGGUUUAUGCCGGCUACCUUCACACCAGGUUGCAGCUUGGUUGGGACACUCGCGAAAGUGCCAAGAUCGGUGCCUUCGGUUUCCUUGUAGUCUGGGUGUGCUACAUUGGCGUCAACUUGAUGGGCAUUGGCUUGCACUCGUACGGCUUCUUCCUCAAGUGA